ACGCGAGUUUUUCCAUCUAGUGUGUCACAAUAAGUCAACCUAUGAAAUAAGUCGUGUUGAGCGUUAGGGCGCCGCCUAGUGGCAGGAGCCUUACUUUAUUAUGUGAAUUAUUGUUUAUUAAUCCGUCUUUAAAGCCUCCGUCACUGCAGCCGUCAACCAGUCAGUACAUUUCGCUCCCUUCACUUUGCGGCGCGUACGCGUGCGCGCGCACGUCUGCGGGUUAAAGCUCCGGGCCGUGACUGCAAAGUGACACAUGGGCGUCCGUGCAAAGCGCAGCGCCCGACCGCACCUCGCAUCAGAGACAAAACCGGGCCAAACGGAGCGUCAUCCCGCUAAAUGGUUUUGCAUCUGCGAUUUCUGAGAAGGAGCCGCAGCGCUUUGCGCACAAAUCCCACCGAGCGCUCACGGUCCGUUUUACGCGCCAGGAAAGCGCGUCCCCGCCUUGACAACCGGACGCAUCAGAAAUAAUCCAGUUUAUUUUUAGACUCGCUGGCUCGGGCCGCCGCGAGCUCCUGUCGCCCGUCACGCGCGCGCGUCCCUCCGGUCAAUAAUUCAUAUGCUGCGCCUGCAGCGGGCAGUGCGGCGGCCGCGGCCUCGACGGACGCAGCGGGUGGCGAUGCAGCGGCGAAGCCCCGGGACGCGCGGCGCGCGGCGGGACGCCUCGCGACGAGCCGCCGCCGUGAGGUGAGGUCGCGUUUGCUGCCGCGUAGUUACGCCGUUCGGGGCUUUUCCGGACGCGGACGUGCAGGUAGUUGGGUGUUUUCUUUUAAAUCUUACCUUCAUCUUCAGCCUAAAGGCUCCGUGUUAGAGUUUUUCUUGUUCAGCUCCACACAAACGGUUGAGCCUGUGUAAUAUAAUCUGACCAGCGUCCAGACGUGGGCCUCCAUGACCACAGAGUACCAGGACCGGUUCCUGCCUCCCUGCUGCCACAAGGCAGUGAUCACGACCCAAACGCAGAGGAACCGCUUUCACCCCCUGAGGGGAACGAGCCACGACGUCUCCACCUACAGGUCCGUUUAUGUGACCCACAGACACUUAAAGCAGCCCAAGGCCCCGGAUCCGACGGCGCCGCUGCCGUCGGCGCCGCCCACCGUCCGUCAGAGCUGCAGCAGCGCUGCACGCGGUUCGAAGGCCGCCGGCUACACGUCCGUGUACAGGAAGGACUUCCAAGCGUGGAACGCAAACGGGCGGCGGUGGUGCAGGACGAGCGAGAGCCACAAGGACGCCGCUCAAACCGAGCUCGACUCCGAAGACGCCGCCGACAAGAAGGAGCGGCCUCCAUUAGAAAGCAUCACCAGCUACAGGUCCGACUACGUGGCCCACCCGCUGCCCCCCAGAGCGACCCGGAGGCCCGUUCACCAGGGUCCAAGGCCCGUUUCACAGCCGGGUCCAAGACUGGGUCCAGAGCCGGUGUCACAGCCGGGUCCAGGGCCCGUUUCACAGCCGGGUCCAGGGCCCGUUUCACAGCUGGGUCCAGGGCCGGUGUCACAGCCGGGUCCAAGGCUGGGUCCAGAGCUGGCAGGACCCACGUGCCCAGCUUCUGAUGGAGCCAAUGAGCUUUUUCAGCAUUUCCACAACUGCUCCCUUCAAAGCAAGUUCCACGGCGUGAGACAAGGCGACGCAGAACCCACGUUCCUGUCCACGACACACGCACACUUCACCGCGCACCAGUGCCAGCGCUUCAGGCCUGCGCUGCCUCCCGUGAGGCCCACGGGCGGCAGCAAGGAGCCUCUUCAGACCACCACCAUGAGGGCCGAGGACCCGGAGCCCCGGCACAGCCUCCACUGGGGGUGUGGACCGGCGCCUGGACUCAAGCCCGAGUCCAGAACCUCCAGCCUCAGCUUCAAAACCAGCAGGACGGCAGCGUGCACCGGCGCCGACCCGGCCCGGCGGCCCGCUGCCUUCAGGAGCGAGUCCAGGAUGUGCUGGUCCACCAGCCUGGACGGAGGCGGCACCAGGCCUGAGGGGGACCGGGGCGAGGAGCCGGCUCAGGCCCAGCGCUUCAUCAGCUGCGUGGUCUCCAGAAGCAGCCGAGGCUGCAGAUGAAGCUGCGUCACGUCUCCUCAGGCCGUUUUCUACUAAUAAAGACAGUCAUAGUACUCAGA